GAUUCUUUCUCAAAACUUGUGUCCAACUAGGUCGAUGGCUACUCGGGGUGGGAUUGGAGGUACAAUUACGACUCGAGCAAUGUGGAAUCUCGUGGAUAAACUCUUCGCCAAUGUUGUGGUAGAUUAUAUGAUGAACAUGAUUGCUUCCGAAUUCAAUCGAAGGAAUGGUUCCACGUGCAAUGUGAAUCAAUUGAAGAAGCGUUUCAGCUCACUGAAGGGAAUAUACAAAUCUGUUACAUGGCUUCUUGCUUUGAGUGGAUUUGGAUGGGAUGAGAGUAGCAAGCUAGUCGUGGCCGAGCCUCCUGUAUGGGACAAUCAUUUGCAGAGUCAUCCGAGCGCAGCACAAUUCCGGGCAGCAGCCUUCCCUGCAUUUGAGCUGAUGUCUAUCAUAUGUGGCGAAUCAGGGGAAAUAGGAAGCUUUGCCAAAUCCCAAAGAUCUAUUUCUAUGAAUUUGGAUACAGGAUCCACAUCAUCAUCCCCAGCGUUGUCUCAGCCAUCACCUGAAGUGUUCGGGCUAUACCCCGAGGAGGUGGAGAUGUCUCCCAAUAUUCCAACUUAGGCGACAGUUUCGUCUCCCAAGUUGAAGAGGUUGUUAGAACACCAUAGUCGGAUAGGAAACGUUCUUUAAGAUAAUUUCAUUCUGUUCGCAACAAAAGAGGCCGAGCUUGGCAUGUAAGGAGUGAUAUCUCGGAUUCACUAUGUGAGGUGGACACUGGAACUGAGCUCAUGAAAGAGCAAAUUAAGAACAUCUCAGCCUCCUGCCGCCAGUGCUUACUCCAUUGCUAACUGUGUGAUGGAGUUAAUGAAGAUGGAACCUCUAAAUCCUCUUUCUCAGGUCAUCGCCAGUAGUCACUUUGAAAACGCCAAUCUGAGAGAGAUGUUUAUGGUUUGGGGCAAAAAAGAACGUGUUGCAUGGCUAGAAAUGAUAACAAAGGAAUAUUAGUUUUUUCUUUUAGUUGUUUGAGAUGGAUUCUUCUUUUUGUUUUUGUAAGGGCAUGGUUAUGACUAUAUAUAAAAUAGAUAAGCAUGUGGUUGUGAUUGGAUUG